AUAGAGUUUAGUCUGUUGAGAAUCAGACGGUUACCUCUUAUUUACGCGACACGCUCCAUUCGGACCCCUYAAAAGCAGAAAGUUCGUGAUGAGUCCGAAAUCUCGACGCAGAUCCCGCUCCAGGUCGRCAAGUCGGAACCGAGACCGGCCGAGCAGAACCAGAGUGAGCAAGUCUCGAUCUCCGGACGAGAGGAGAGGUCGCAGUCGGUCUCCGGGCUCUAAAAGAACAGGCCGGGGUCGAGGCCGAUCCAGCAGCGGGGCCUCAAGCCAUGGCUCCCCCGUUCGACCUCGACAACGGGACCGCUCUUCUAGGUCCAGCAGCGGCUCGGACGGUGACAAAAGGGGGCGGCGAGCUCACCGUCAGAGCAGCAAGUCAAAGGAUCGUUCAUCCAGUCCAGAUUCAGAUAAUUCCAAGAUGAGGAGGAGGAGGAAGAAAAUGGAGAAUCYCAGCAGUCGAUCUCGUGAGAGAGGAAAGGAAAGGUCUCAGUCCGGCUCCAACUCGAGUGAUGGAAGCAGCGACAGAGAAAGGAGGAGGAGAAGAAGAGGAGGAGGAGGAAGUCCUGACAGAGGAAGUCCGUUCAGAGACAGACAGACGAGGAAGUGGGGCGAAGAUCGAUGGAAGAGCAGCAGGAACCAAGAAAGAAGACAAGACCGGGACAAAAGCCGGGAAAGAAAGAAGAAGAGUAAAGAGAGAGAGCGAGAACGAACCAGGACAAGCAAAGAACGGGUCGAUGGAAACAGAGGGAGGCGGCGCUUCAGUUCGUCUGAGUCRUCGGACAGCUCCGGGUCAGAGGGCGAGAGCCGUGCAGUCAAAGAGAAACAGGAGAGGAAAAAACAAAGGGAGCUGAUGAAAGCGCUGGAAACGCCAGAAGAGAAGCGAGCCAGGAGGUUGGCUAAGAAAGAAGCAAAAGAGAAGAAAAGGAGAGAAAAGAUGGGUUGGAGUGAAGAAUACAUGGGAUACACCAACGCAGACAAUCCCUUUGGUGAUAACAACCUGYUAGGCACAUUCAAAUGGCAAAAGGCAUUGGAUAUAAAAGGCAUUGGCCAUCUUGGUGAAAAGGAUCUUAAAGAAAGGAACAAAUGCAUUCAGGAGGAAAACCGCAGAGAACUGCAGAAGGUGAAACAGCUGCGAUUAGAGCGGGAACGAGAGAAAGCCAUGAGGGAGACGGAGCUGGAAAUGCUGCAGAGAGAAAAAGAGGCAGAACACUUCAAAACCUGGGCCGAACAGGAAGACAACUUCCACCUGCAGCAGGCCAAACUGAGGUCCAAGAUAAGGAUCCGUGACGGCCGAGCAAAGCCCAUCGACCUUCUGGCAAAGUACAUCAGUGCUGAGGAUGAUGAUCUGGCUGUAGAGAUGCAUGAACCUUACACAUUCCUCAACGGGCUGACCGUCACAGACAUGGACGAUCUGUUAGAGGACAUAAAGGUGUACAUGGAACUGGAGCAAGGCAAGAAUGUGGACUUCUGGAGAGACAUGACGACCAUCACUGAGGAUGAGAUCAGCAAACUGAGGAAGCUGGAGGCUUCUGGGAAAGGACCAGGCGAUCGUCGCGAGGGCAUCAACACAGCCGUCAGCACUGAUGUUCAGACUGUGUUCAAAGGGAAAACGUACAGUCAGCUGCAAGCCCUGCACCUGAACAUCGAGACAAAGAUUCGGGCCGGAGGAUCCAACCUCGACAUCGGUUACUGGGAGAGUUUGCUGCAGCAGGUCCGGGUCUACAUGGCCAGAGCCAGGUUGAGAGAACGCCAUCAGGAUGUUCUGCGUCAGAAGCUGUUUAAGCUGAAACAAGAACAAGGAGUGGAAAGUGAGCCUUUAUUCCCCAUCAUCAAAGAGGAGCCGAGUGAGGAUGAUGAGGAGAGAACGAGGGACCGURCAGCAGAAGAUGGCGGUCCGUCUGYGUCGAACUCCAGAAGUAAAAACAGAGAAACGACAGAGGGGGAGGACGAGGAGGCUCGUCCAUCCACAUCCGGGGCAGGAGGUCGAGACGAGGAUGGAGGAGAGAAGAGCAAAGGGAAGGAUGAGGAGGGGAAGGAGGAGGCGGUGGAGGCCGUGUUGACAGAAGAGGACCUGAUCCAGCAGAGCCAGGCGGAUUACGACUCGGGUCGCUACAGUCCCGCGCUGCUCACGUCCUCCGAGCUGCCGCUGGACACUCACACCAUCACGCCAGAGGAGGACACGCACAGGCURCAGUUAGCCCGCCGGCAGCUCCAAGUCACCGGGGAUGCUAAUGAAAGCGCAGAGGACGCCUUCGUACGCCGCGCCAAGGAAGGCAUGGGCAACGACGAGGCCCAGUUCAGCGUGGAGAUUCCAGUCUCGGGGAAAAUGUACCUGUGGGCGGACAAGUACCGCCCCAGGAAGCCUCGCUUCUUCAACAGGGUCCACACGGGCUUCGAGUGGAACAAGUACAACCAGACUCACUACGACUUCGACAACCCGCCGCCCAAGAUCGUCCAGGGCUACAAGUUUAACAUCUUCUACCCCGACCUGAUCGACAAGCGCUCCACCCCUCAGUACUUCCUGGAGCCGUGUCCCGACAACAAGGACUUUGGAAUCUUACGGUUCCAUGCGGGUCCKCCGUACGAGGACAUCGCCUUUAAGAUCGUGAACAGGGAGUGGGAGUACUCGCACCGACACGGGUUCCGCUGUCAGUUCGCCAACGGGAUCUUUCAGCUGUGGUUCCACUUUAAGAGAUACCGUUACAGGAGAUAGAGAACCUACCUGUUUGGAUCAAAUCCUCAGGGACUGGAUUCCACACAUGUAUAUUACAUUCUUUUGGUUCGUUAAUCUGUUUUGUGUUUUUAGCUUUACGGCUACARUCACUGUACUGUUGUCUAAAAAGAUCCAUUUUCUCAGUAGUCUGUUGAUUACAUAUUAAAGUGUUUUUUUUAACCA